UCAGACAAAUUGAAAAUAAUGCUAUUAUGGGAGAAGGGCAAGUGGCGUAUAUUGGCGUCGUUCUUUUUUUCAUUGGCCCCGACUUCUUAUCGGUAAACACAAUGGUAGACUUGCUACAACUCUACCUCUCAUAAGUUCUUAACAGUGAGCGAAGGGAGCUUCAAUGCAUGAUGUCGCGCAGCGACCGAGCGAAGAAGUCUCGUGGCAUAACCAACCAGGAAAAAAUAGAGGACUUUUAGAAAGUCUAACAAAAUUCAAAAACAGGAAUUUGGCCAUAUAUAUCCAGUCGUAUUGACUUCACGCUUGGUUAGUAAUGCAUAUUUGAAAGGAAUAAUGAUGAAAAUAAAAAUAGUCAUCACACCUUAAAACAUUCCGCUUUCGUUUUGACAGCCUGUUUCCCUUCGUCAUUCCAGCGGAAGCUGCAUGAUACCUUAUAAAGACUUGGUUUCUUCGAAAUUUGCUGCCUGAGUCAGGAGUUCCAAACGGUAAGAUGACUAAUGCAAUAAGCAGCCGUGUUUCUACAAGCGGUCAAAAAAACCUUUAAUUUGUAUAAAAAUGGCAUGAUGGUUCAGUUACAUGGUAGGAAUUGAAUGAUGCGGAAAGUUUCCUUGUCGGUUAUUUAAAGCAUGAAACUGUUCAAAAGAACGUCGAACGGAGGGUUUCGCAGCAAAUGGUAAGCAAUGAUAGCCUUUUUGUGACCAUUUUUACUGUUUCGGUCCAUUAUUCGAGCUGCCGAAGUAAGCUCUGGUUUUGGAACUUUCUGGAAGCAAAAUGAAGUGAAAACACGCCUCGACCUGCGGCAAUAACGUAGAGCCAAUACCAAAGAACUAUUGCGCAAUUAGAAGUAACUUUUUGACGUUAAGUCUCUCUAGAUCUUUGUAAAACGUUUCAAAAAGAAACCAAAAGCCAUAAGCUUUAUGUUCUGAUCGUUCGUUUACCACCGAAACUUUUUAAUCUUCAUCUAGAGGCUCUACAGAUGAAGCAUGACGGACUGUUUUGCAUAGUUAUGUCCUACAAGUAUUCGGCCUUAGUGUAGUUAAAAUAUUUCUAGUGUAAAUUAAAUUCUACUAAAUUGGAAAUGGAAACUGAAUAUAAAGUAGCCUGCAGAACACGUUUUUUAGGCGAGUGAAGAUAUGCACGAGGCGAGCGCGGAACGCGAGAAAGCGCUUUUACCAGCCGUGCGUGUUUUGCUCUCCACCCACGCUUUGUGUCAAAAAAAAAAUAGCAUACUAUUCGCGACAGUCUCUUCCACGCUCGCUGAAUAAGAGACGGAGAAAUGGAACCGCACUUGAGUGAGUUGGAAGUGGAAAGGACAGGGAAGGGAUCGAGGGAGGGAAAAGAGAAGCGCGGCCGCACAAGGUGCGAUACGUGAAAGGGAGAGACAAACAAUUCAUGAUCACGGCUGCCAGCAGCCAAAGGAUUCUUACGCGGACUGGGUAGAAAUGAGAUGCGGAACUCUUAUUUAUACUCGCGUUGCAAGGGACUGGCGCAAAUAGCAUACUAUUCGCGACAGUCCCUUCCACGCUCGCUGAAUAAGAGACGGAGAAAUGGAACCGCGCCAAGAAGUUGAACGUUAGGUACGUCCUAAAGAACCCAGACACUGCCAAAACAAACUCAAACCCAGGUCCUAAAACUCAACAAGAAAAAACCCAGCUCUCCAACACUAAAGGUGAAGGGGUGAAACAAAAGUACUCGUAAACUCAAAGUAUAGUGAAACAACUAGACUGUUGAUACUUGUUGAGAGCUAGGCAAGGAGGUAUUUCAGGGAAUACCAAAAGGACUGUGUGGUAAAACACGAAUAGGCUGCCAACAAGAGACUAUAAAGGGGACAGAGAGGGCAUCCCCCAUAUACACCCUAUUCCAUAGGUAAUUCGUCUCGAGUUACUUUUAACACAACAGAUCUCGAGGGGAUUAGACAACAGCCAAUCACAUAGCGCGAAUGUGUUCCGCAUGGAUGACCCACGCUGAGAGCCACGCGUCCUUCACGAGAUGAAGCAGAACAAAAUGGGAGAAGACGCGGAGAGCGAUUUUGCUAUUCCUUUUGUCGACGAAAACGACUACAGCGAGAUUUCUGCGAAAGCUGUGUCAGCGAAACCGAAAUUAAAAAGAAUCGCCCUUCCCUCUCGUAUAGAGCAGGGAAAUCCUUAACACACUGAAUAUUCUCUCAGGAUCAUUUAUAAUUUACAGUUUGAAGAGAGCAAUUUCUGGUUUGAUGUUUAUUUUUUUCAGUCUUUAUAGCGAUUAUUCCUACCCACUUACUUUGUCAAUUGUAGGCGAACUCUCCUAAAGCUGAAUUUCAAGGGACCAUAUUCAAGCUCAAAAAGAAAGUUGCUUACUUACGUCCUCCAUAAAACGCGAAAUUAGGCAUUUUCACGUCGUAGUCGUGCAAAAAACGGGAAAGAAAUGAACAAAAAGUGUGUUGCACGUGCGAAGUUGUUGUUUUGCUAAUUAAACCUAUUGUUUUUUGACGUUCUAGUUGUCGUCCGCGUCGUUGGAUCUUAAACUCCCUAAAUUGUACAAACGACCGGUUUCAAUAGACCGGCGAAAUUUCUCAUUUUAUUAAGGCACUGAGGUUACGACAACUUCGAGUUAAACUGAUUUCACGGGUUGUCAAAGAGUCCAGCGAUUCCUUUUUCCCAGGUGAGCGCCGACUCAUUUCGCUUCAAUAUUCAGGAAGGGCUCUCGAUCUUUUUACGCUUUCAUUGCCUCUCGCUCGACAUGUUUUGCACGGCGUUUGGUCAUGCGAAACCUCCACGAAACAUCCACGCCUCGCGCGAGGUAACUUUAUCCCGAUUCUAAAAGUAACUCGAGACGAAUUACCUAUGGAAUAGGGUGUAUAUGGGGGAUGCCCUCUCUGUCCCCUUUAUAGUCUCUUGGCUGCCAACCCUUGAGUGGCAACAAGCAAAUAAACUGGAGAUAAAGGUCCAAGGUAAAAAGGAAACCUAAGGCGCAGAGAAGACUCGAGAAAAACCCACCAAGGGAUGGCAGCCUGAGCGUCAGCAAUCCGACUAGGGCAUAAGAUACCCUUUCAGGCUACCACGGAAUCGCAUGAAGAAAAACAUAUGAAAUGACGACAGAAAAGGCGAGGAACGAAUAGCACAGAUAAACUAAAAGAAUAGAAAAACAACUAGGAACACAUGGAUGCAAAUACACUGGGACAAGGGAGUAAACCCGCAGAACAGGAGGCCGCGUGGCGAAACUCGCGUACCAGAUUACAGAAAAAUGCAACAUUAUCAUUCAAAAUCUACAGGGGCCGAGGAAAUAAGUGUAAAAUAAAACACGCCGAACAGAUUGACCAAAUAAGGCACAAAUGCAACAAAAGUGAUGAGCCAACUUUACGGGAAUCGAAGGAAGAUUAAAUUAGUGAGGGAAAGAACGUAGAACCCAAACUUAAAACCGAAUAAUACAAAGCAAAAGCGUGCAAAUUCGAGUGGAGCCGGGGAAAAAAUCAUUGCACAAACCGGAGCUUGUUGGGCAAAGCACGCAUAACAAAAGCAAAUUGAAUAAAGCAAAGAAAACCAAAGUGGGAGCCGAAGGGAAAAGCACUGCACAAACCCGAUGUUGGUGAGGCAAAACACGCAAAGCAAAAAAUUACCGAAUAAAGCAAAAUAAACACAAGCAUGCAACGAACUUGACGGGAGCCGAUGGAGUAGCACUGCACAAACCCGGUGUUUGUGAGGCAAAACACGCAAAACAAAGUUCUGACUAAAGCUAAGCGCAACAAAAGCGUGUAACUGACUUUACGGGAGCCGAAGGAAAAGUACUGCACAAACCCGAUGUUUGUGAGGCAAAGCACGCAAAACAAAAAUUACUGAAUAAAGCAAAAUUAAACACAAGCGUGCAACAUUUUUACGGGAGCCAAGGGAAUAGCACUGCACAAAGCCGGUGUUUUGAGGCAAAGCACGCAAAACGAAAAUUAGUAUCUGACUCUGAAUAAGUUUGGAUCAAUUUAGGUUUCUGAAAAACUGCCCACCUACCCCUCCCCCAAGCUAACAUUAACACUUACUUCUCACUUAGGGCAAAAUGAUGACUUAGGGGAGGGGUAGGUGGGCAGUUUCCCAGAAAACUAAAUUGAUCCAAACUAUAACCUCUUGUUGCUCCAUUGAAAACGGUACCCAUUUUAAGACUCUAAUGGGCUGAUCCGUUUUAAUGAGACCAAAACGGCUAAAAAAACCAUACCGUUUGUAGGACACACCUAUAUAGCUUAUAGCGUAUGUUGUCACUAAUUGCAGAGAAAAUCUUUCCCCAAAGAUUGAAUCAUCAGACGCACAUCAACUAUGGCAUCUUCAAAAGAAUAUACCGAGCAACAGCUAAACUAUUACAGAAUUUGUUACCCAACUACUGAUAUACUAGCAAAUUUGGGUUUUGGGUAUGCCCUGACAUGCUUGUGUCAGAAGUAAAUGUUUUUACUUCAUAGACCGCGUUAUCUACGUCACUGAUAAUUUUUCCCCCUCUGAACUAAUUUGCUAAUUGCAGGAUUCAUUUUCCUUAAAGGUUCCAAGCAUCGGAGGUGCAUCAAAUAUGGCCUCUUUAAACGAAUAUACCGAUGAACAGCUGAACUAUUACAGAAUUUGCUAUGUAACCACUGAUAUUCUAGCGGAGGGUCUGAGAGAUAUUUAAACAAGAAUGGGACAAACUGUACAAAUCAACAACAGGAGAAUGGAAAGACGAGCUUCGUAAUGGAAUGGAGUUUUAUAACGGAGAGUCUCCUCGAAAUCAAAAAAAGAAACGCUCAUCUUUUGGCAACUAUGAAAAACGGAAACAGAGUGGAAUGGGAUUGUACAAUGCUUUUUACUCCAUCCUUUUCUCCGAUUGCGUCGGGACAGGUCUUAACGCACUGGUCAGAAAAAAUGUAAAUGAUCUACGAAAGUUCAGGAAUGAAGCAUUCGCUCACAUGCCACAAGGUAGUCUCUCUGAGAUAGAUUUUCAGAAUGCUAUUAGCAAAGUUGAUGUUGCGUUUCAAGCUCUUAGUCUUCCCACUGUAAAAAUUCAAAACCUAAAAUAUCACAAAACAUUUCCAACAAAAAAAGUUGAUAAUCUAAAACAAGAAGUUCAAAAAAAAGAGAGUCAGCGCCAGGUCCUUGAAGAUCAGCUCAAAAUAAAGCACCCUCAUUCUGUGUUCUCCCUCCUAAACCUUCGCAUGAAAUCGGUGGUCGUGAAAGUGAAGUAGCAAAAAUAGUCCAACAGCUGAGGGAACUAAAUGAGUCCGGUAACAACAGGUUGAGUUAUCUUUACAUCUCAGGGAAUCCUGGAAGCGGCAAAUCACAGCUAGCUGGCCUUGUAGCUGAGAGAUUCUUUGAAGACCUCAAAGAAAUGCCAGGUGGGUCUUCAUUUGUAAUGACAUUAAAUGCUGCAAGUCCAGAUUCACUUCUGGAGUCGUAUGCCUCAUUUGCUCGCCACUUAAAGUGCCCAGACUAUUCAAUUGUGGAAACCAUCAGCUCAAAAGGACUCGACUGUCGACGAAAAGAUCACUAGUCUUAAGAUGCUUGUCGCUGUAAAAAUUACCUGUUACUCGUCGUGGCUAUUGGUGGUUGACAAUGUCACUACCGUGUCAUCUGUGCAUGUCCAUUUACCACAGUUUAAUUCAAAGGCUUGGGAAAGAGGCCAUUUGCUCAUUACGACGCAGGACACAACGUCAAUUCCCUCAAAAAGCUCUUUCGUUAAUCACAUUUCAGUAAGCCAAGGUAUGGAGCCCGAUGAUGCCCGUUCAUUAUUGUCUAAGCUUUCUGGUAUCCCAAAUAGCGAGCUAUAAGGAACAGUAGCACAAAAGACUGGACUAUCAACCUCUUGCUUUUAGCAGGCGCUGCCGUCUUUGUUAAAGAGAUUCGGCAGGACAAAGUAUCUACGCAUUUUGGGUGGGAGGAAUACCUGAAAAUCUUAGAAAAAGGAAAAAAGACAGAAAACAGAAAAUACACUUGUCGACACCAAUCCAAUUUAUCCAAAUUCAAUGACCAAAGCAAUAACGUUAGCCGUCGAAACACUGAUGAGAUCCGACAAAGUUCAAAAACACCUUUUCACUUUUCUUGCCCUCUGCGCUCCACGGCCAUUAAACGUGGACAUAGCAGUUAGUUACAUCAUGAACGCACAUGAAGAGUUUGAUGAAGCGGACAAAAGAAUUAAUUCGCAUGAGAUUAAAAAGAAGCUCACUUCUGCUGUUCCAAGAUGACGAGGGUGGCUCUUUUAUUGGACUUCACCAGGUUGUGCAUGAUGCUAUAAAAACUGUAGCAAAAGAGUCGGCAGAAAGCCAAACCGAUGAGGUCGUUAGUGGGGUCAUUACAUCAUUUAGCGAAUUUAUCGUCGCAACUCCACCACAGGAUAAGCAACUAAACACCAGACACAUCGCUCCACAUUUGAAAGCUUUAAUUAUGGUAACUGACAAAGUGUUUUUUGCGAGAUAAUUUCUUUCAAGUUCAUGAUAAGGAGAUUUCCGAAAAAUGCGAAAACCUUGGAGGUGUUUGUAAAAUGCACUGUGAAUUCGAAGAAGCAAAAAACAUAUUUUCAAUAUUCACUCACUUUUAAGCUUCAAGAGCUCGGCCCGGAGCAUGUUGAUGUAGCAACAAGCUACAAUAACUUAGCUUUGAUUUACCAGGAUUUAGGUGACUUUGAGCAAGGCAAGGAGUAUCAGCAACGUGCUCUGGACAUUCAACUGGACAAGCUCGGCCCGGAACAUGUUAAUGUUGCAACAAGUUAUAAUAACUUAGCUUUGAUUUACCAGGAUUUAGGUGACUUUGAGCAAGCCAAGGAGUAUCAGCAACGUGCUCUGGACAUUGAACUGGACAAGCUCGGCCCGGAACAUGUUAAUGUUGCAACAAGUUAUAAUAACUUAGCUUUGAUUUACCAGGAUUUAGGUGACUUUGAGCAAGCCAAGGAGUAUCAGCAACGUGCUCUGGACAUUCAACUGGACAAGUUCGGCCCGGAACAUGUUAAUGUUGCAAAAAACUACAAUAACUUAGCUUCGAUUUACAAGGAUUUAGGUGACCUUGAGCAAGUCAAGGAGUAUCAGCAACGUGCUCUGGACAUUGAACUGGACAAGCUCGGCCCGGAACAUGUUAAUGUUGCAUCAAGUUAUAAUAACUUAGCUUUGAUUUACAAGUAUUUAGGUGACUUUGAGCAAGCCAAGGAGUAUCAGCAACGUGCUCUGGACAUUGAACUGGACAAGCUCGGCCCGGAACAUGUUAAUGUUGCAAGAAACUACAAUAACUUAGCUUUGAUUUACAAGGAUUUAGGUGACUUUGAGCAAGCCAAGGAGUAUCAGCAACGUGCUCUGGACAUUGAACUGGACAAGCUUGGCCCGGAACAUGUUAAUGUUGCAAGAAACUACAAUAACUUAGCUUCGAUUUACCAGGAUUUAGGUGACUUUGAGCAAGCCAAGGAGUAUCAGCAACGUGCUCUGGACAUUAAACUGGACAAGCUCGGCCCGGAACAUGUUAAUGUUGCAAGAAACUACAAUAACUUAGCUUUGAUUUACAAGGAUUUAGGUGACUUUGAGCAAGCCAAGGAGUAUCAGCAACGUGCUCUGGACAUUCAACUGGACAAGCUCGGCCCGGAACAUGUUAAUGUUGCAACAAGUUAUAAUAACUUAGCUUCGAUUUACCAUGAUUUAGGUGACUUUGAGCAAGCCAAGGAGUAUCAGCAACGUGCUCUGGACAUUAAACUGGACAAGGUCGGCCCGGAACAUGUUAAUGUUGCAUCAAGUUAUAAUAACUUAGCUUCGAUUUACCAUGAUUUAGGUGACUUUGAGCAAGCCAAGGAGUAUCAGCAACGUGCUCUGGACAUUGAACUGGACAAGCUCGGCCCGGAACAUGUUAAUGUUGCAAGAAACUACAAUAACUUAGCUUCGAUUUACCAGGAUUUAGGUGACUUUGAGCAAGCCAAGGAGUAUCAGCAACGUGCUCUGGACAUUGAACUGGACAAGCUCGGCCCGGAACAUGUUAAUGUUGCAAGAAACUACAAUAACUUAGCUUCGAUUUACCAGGAUUUAGGUGACUUUGAGCAAGCCAAGGAGUAUCAGCAACGUGCUCUGGACAUUCAACUGGACAAGCUCGGCCCGGAGCAUGUUGAUGUUGCAACAAGUUAUAAUAAUUUAGCUUUGAUUUACAAGGAUUUAGGUGACUUUGAGCAAGCCAAGGAGUAUCAGCAACGUGCUCUGGCCAUUAGAGCAGACAAGCACUGGCUCAACAAAUCACCAAAUAAGGUACACGAAGGACUGCUAACGGACGCAAAAAACUUAUUUAUGGAAAUUAUAUUUCUUCUAGAUAGAUUUUACGCAGUCUUUGAGGCUUAUCGCGUUGGUGUUGUGUUAAAUUUAAAAGGCUGAAGUUUUUCUUUUUUUUUUUCACAGCAGCAUAAGAUGCGUCUUAAACCGCGAGGAUCGAUAUCGUCUUUGCAUUUUUUCUUUUGCAGUUCCAAUAUAUGAAAUUCUUAUAGUCUUUAUAAAUGAUUUUAAUUUGAUAAACUCCAUAACGUUUUACUUAUAUUAAUCAAGGAAUCGAUGUCUUGGACGUUGGUAAGACAUCUCUUAAUUUAGGUUUGACUGUAACAGUUUCUGUUUACACUCUAUUUCUGCUUUCCGUAUCUUCAAGUUUCUUCUAAUGAAAAAAACCUGUUAGUCCUUGCAGAUUACUCAUGAAGCUGAAAGGCAUUUUUCACAAUCCAAGAAAGAAGAUGAUGACGAUGAGGAUGAUGAUAAAGGCAGUAGUAGGAACGGUAAAGCACAAAUCAUUGUUAAGUUACAAAUGUCUCCUCCUGCUAAAUUUUAACGGUUUUAAUCAAGGGCGCAUUUCUUUUAGAAAUAAUCCGAUAACUAAAGGUUUAAUCGUUGCACAAUCUUACAGUCUUUGGACUUGACGCGACAAAGGGAACGUGAGUAAAAACCUAGAGACGGAUUCUUCAGCGUUCCAAAAAUAUUUGUGUGAAACGCCUGCAAUAACGUAGAAUGCUCGACAGGUGUAAUUUUUUGGACCCAUGGCCAAACAAACUCAUUAAUUGUGAAUGUAUAAAUGCGGAUUUAGAUAUAAUCUAUCACCAAUCUAUUGGGAGUGUGUUUUUAGUUUUAGUAAAGAAAGGCAAAAUCCGCGUUUGGAUGAUUGUCUCAGAGAAAAGUGGUGUAGGUCAAAAGUCAGCUACAUCCAAAAAGAAAUUUUCAGGCAAACACAAUUUCCGAUUUGGGGCUGCAUAUCAGUCGGACAAACUACAAAUGGAGCUUAACACCGCGAUUUAUUAAAGCCAUUUUCAAUUUUGCUAACCUCAAGAUCCAAACAUUGUUUGCCUCUCAUGGUGUCAAGGAGGCUUUCAGCCCAGGCAAACCCAGUACCCAGUUCCCCGAGGCACUGAAUUUCACCUUGGGAAAAACGGUCACACAAAAAGCCGCUUCCCCGUGGGCAACAGCCAUUUGCCGGUGGAUAAAAUGGGUAAUUUGGCCGCACCUAUUUUAGGUCGCUUAAAAGUAUAUGUUAUGGUCAACGUUUGACUUUUCUCGUAUCUUGUGCAUUAUAAGCUUAACUACUCUUUUCUUUCACAGACAAAAGAGGUAAGAGAGACAAACACAAUGCUGAACAAAAAAAACAGGAGAUUACUAAGAAAGGUUUAGAUACUGAUAAUGACGUGUCAUCUGAGGGUGAUGGUUACCUGGAUUCACAGGAAGAGGAUCACAUAUCCGACAGCUUUGCAUCUAUGGAUGGUGAGAUAUUUUGAUCCUUUGAUCCCCAAUAUCUGUCUUUGUCUGCUGCUGUUGCUGUGAUCUAGCCUGUUUUUAGCCACCCUCUCCUCAAACAAAAUAGAGCUUAAGCAAAGACCUUUUUGAGAAACGCACGUCAACCGGAAGUAAGGCCUUUAAUAUGUCUUGAUGCUUAUAACAAAUUUGUAUUGCUAAAUUUCUUUACUCUGAUAGAGACAAUCUGCCCGAAAAUUUGGGCACAACCACUUCCAUGAACGGCAAAAGUUCACUUCCGGUUGAUGUCCGUCGCUCAAAAACGCCUUUGCUUAAGCUCCCUAAUUUGUUUAAAGGGUGGUUAGCUAUACACAGGCUACUGUGCCUCAGUUGCAUCACCUUGUCUGUCGUUUUUUCUACUUCUACUGUGGUUCUUCAGUUCUCUUUUUGCCUUCUCUUCUUUUCUUCCCGUUGGCUUUUUUAUCCUUGCGUCACCAACAUAUGUAAUGCAUCAGUCAAUUCCACCUGCGCCUUGCCUCCCCCACCCCAGGGCUACUGCGGGCCCUUUGCCCGCCUUGUCAGUACCGAGGGGGGGCAAUUUAAAUUUUACACUGCCCGGGGGUCGGGCAUUUGCUAACACCAGGGCAAUUCGCGAGCUUUUGACACCCACGCGGUUUCCUAUCAGAAUAUAACUACACAGAAGGUUUUACUGGAAAAAACGCAGAUAGAGAUUGGCUCAUCUGUCAAGGACAGGAAUAAAUUGAAGAGGGUUGUAAAGGCAUGUUCUCGAUUUUAUUCAUGUAUUUCUUCAUUGCUUAUCAAAAUUACUUAGCGAAACUGGAGCUAUCGAUGUGAAUCAACGUUUUUUGGUAAUUGGAUCAAAUUGCUGUCAAUAUUUUUUGAAGAACAUCCUUUCAUAUUUAUAAAAAUAUUCAAAACAUAUAAGUUUACAGCGCUCUAUUAAUUUUAAUGUCAAUAAUUUUAUAUCAAUACUAAAACCAUAAACUGGUGCAUGUCGUCGUCAGAAUCGUUAAAAUCCUAGCGCGUCGUUAGAAUCCUAGCACUAUUACAAAGGAAGACCUUAACUGAAACAAAAAAAUCGAAAAUAAAAAUGCUUCAAAUGGCGCUAUUCGACUGUGCGAUUAAUGAAAAAUGUUGCAGCGUCGACGGAGGACGGGGCAUUUGCCGUCUUUUUUUCGUCCCCACCCCGGGGGAUUUGACAUCUCAAGAGUCCCCACCCCCGGGAAUUUUCCAUCCAGGGCAAGAAAAAUGCCAAUGCCCCGGGGUCAGCCAGGGGGGCAGGCAGGGGCUGGGCGCAGGUGGAAUUGACUGAUGCAUAACAGCUUAAGUUAUAUUAGCCAAACGAGAAGCGGGAAACAUUAAAGUUAAGUAACAUCUGCUAUAAAGGAUACUACCUUAUAAUGGGCCCUUAAUCAUUUACUGCAGCUGCUCCAAAGAUAUGGAACGUCUUACCGGACUACUUUAGGAAAGGGAAGAAUUUCGAUAUGUUUUUUUGCUAUUUAUAGAAGCGUACAGCGACUUGGUUGAGUUAUCAGAGGUUCUUUUACUUUCAACUUUCAUUUCUUUUUUUUCUUUAUCUUUUGCUCGUUUUUAGUAAUGCUAAAUUAUUGAUGUAGCAAUUGAAAGUGUCAAUAAUUUCAGUUAUUAGAACCGGUAGUAUAAUAUAGGCUUUGUAAGUCUCAUUCUUGUGUAUGCACAUUUGUUCAAAUCACUAUGUUAAAAUGCGCUGUAAAAGUGUUAAAUAUUAUUACUUUUAUUAUUAUCAUUAUUAUUAUUAUUAUUACUUGUGUAAUGUGAUCUCGGAUUGUUCACUGAAAUAUGUGCUCUAUAUGGGAGUAUGUCACUGCUUUCUUUGCGAGGUUACAAUUCACCACAGUACCUCCUUGAUGCUCUCAUCAUCAUCAUCAUCAGUAUUACCACAAUCAUUUGAUAAGGAUCACGGUAAUACUAAGGUUAUGAGCCAAAAUGUACGUUUCUGAGUAAAACCUCAAUUUUCUAAAUUGGGUCACUUGACAUUGACCGUGCCCUGGUGACGUCACAGCCAGAUUUGGCAUCAAACUGUCCAAAUUUGGUCACAUAUAAGUGCGCGCAUUUUUUAAAUUACAGAUUGAACACUUUUCCCUAGCGCCUGCUUCAAUAUUAAAGACACAAUAAUAAACUUCCUUAAACCAACAUUAUAAAGACAAUUAUGAUCUCUUGCUUGAGCCUAUUCUCUUUCUUUUCUUUCUUUAAAUCCUUAAAGCUGAAAAUAUAAAUAAGGCAAGUGCUUCGCGUAAUGAGAUACAUGGGCAACAAAUGUUGGGUAGUUUUGGCUUCUAUAUGAUGCCUUUCUUGUUUUCUUGUUAAGGUGCAAAGGAGAGAAAGAAGAAGUCGGGAAGUGGCUGUCGACUUUGUAGAUGUCAAUAAUAAAUAUUCACAUUCAUUUUGUAAUUAGUAAAAUUAGAGUUUUGGUAGCUUUUUACUGAAUGAAUUUUUGCUCAAGAGUCCUCUCUUGGAGAAGAGCAGAAGGCCAUCAAAGGAAAUCUUUAUCUUUCGCUGAGAUAACAGAGAGCUACAGAGCUUAGAUCUGCAUGCAUAUCAUUUCUGGAUUCAAAGAUAACCAAGCAAAGACUUGCUUUCUAUCAUUUAGUAAGAAUAUUUUUAAGGUAGCACAUGCAAAAUUCACUUUCUAGUAAUUACCGGGAAAUGAUAAACAAGCAGAAAAAGGAUUUCCCUUCCACGUUGACAUUGCUGGAUACGUCAAAUUGUCAAACCUUUCCUAUGAAUUGCCAAACUAGAUAUUUAACAGCACGUAAAUGAUGGAAAAGGAUAAUGUUUCAAUGUAAAUAAUGCAUGGGUUGAUUUAGGGGGUGGUCUGAGGAGAUCGCGCCCUCCUUUUUUUCUGUGAAAUUUGCAAUUUUUGCUUGAAGAAUUCUUAAUAAUAUAUAGCUUGCAAGUGUCCAGCAGAUCCCCCCCCACUUUCUAAAUUUUCUAGACCCCCUCCCCCCCCUGUUUAAAUGUUCUUAAGAUUUCAGUUUUUGUUAGUAUGUUGUUGAAGUGGUUCAUGUAAAACUCUAUUUGCUCAAUAGAUUUAUCAGUAAUUUCUUAUUGUAAAUUUAAGACCACACCAUUUUCAACAUGAGGUCUUACAGGUCCGCAAGAGACUGCCCACUUUAAUGUUGGGAAAAAUUUUCUAGGUUGUUAUGAAGAUUUUUGUCAUGUGGUAUUUACUUAGCUGAUUUUAUGUUUGCACUUGAAAAUUCACUCGUGCUUAGCAAGAGUCUCGUUAUAAUUAGGUUUGUAUAUCAAGGUUAAUCCGUAAUUGUAUUGA